AUGACCGACAGCCCGCCCGUCGCUGCAGCGGCAGAGGCAGCGGCGGCGUUGGCGAGCGUACGUAUAGGCAUCCAAGCCUCACAAUAUACGCUCGUUGCUGGUUUUGUCAUCUGGCUGUACGAUAUUUUCUUGACCUUUGAUCGCGAAGUUGGAUUGCUUUGGUGCCGAGGAGGCAAGCUCAUCAAGGCGGCCUAUCUCAUCAGAGGAACAGAUGUUCAUCCUCGGGUAGAACCGCUACUUACCUCUGCUGUGUCUGAGCAUCGCACUUGCCGCAUUCAACCCGUUUCGCCAUGGGCGCCUUACAACAGAGGUGCGUACAAUACACGGGUUAAAAAGGGUAAACGGUUGAGCGACAACAGGUGUACGGCAGACGUUGUCAUCCUGAAUUUAUGUCUCACAACAGGAACUAUCGUAGCAACAGCCAUCUUUACCUUUAGAUUAUACAUCGUAUUACUCGGUCGUAGAGUUCUGCGACUCUUCUUGGUCGGUGCCGUCGUAGCGUCGGACUUGGCCCUAGUUGCUUUGGUUAGCAAUCUGCUCGUCGUCACCUCGGCUCGCACAAUGUCGUACAGCGACGAAAUGGACAUGUGCGUGUCCAAAGUCUCUCCAAACCUCGGACCAAUGUACGUUAUCACUAUCUUUUCCGAGUCUGUGAUUGCAUUCGCGACACUGUACCACGCCGUUUCGCUUCGCCACCACCGCGUCGUAUUGCGCGACUCGCCGACGAUAGCCAUCUUGAACGUACUCUACAAGGGUGGCUUCUGGUACUAUCUAUAUGCGCUUUGUAUGCAGCUCGCGCUCGCUCUUGUGUACUGGACGGCGCCGAAGCCACUACUCUUGAUCCUGUGUUUCCUCGAAUACGCCCUCAAAAGCACCGUGACCUCGCGGUGGUUCCUCGAGUUUCGACAGGCCCUUGCAAACUCGGAGGCGCAAACCAAUGACGAGUCUAUAGCAGACAAGGCAGAAAGGAGGGCCAGCAUCAAUGUUGUGCCAAUCGAACGAGAAACAUAUGAGAUGUAG